AGAGCGGGAGAUUGAUUGGUGAGGCAGAAGAGGGGUGUGGUCCCGACGGAUGACGAAAGAUAAGGUGGUCGCGAGAGGAGAGAGCUCUCGCUUUAACCCUUAGAGGCUGUUCGUUAGUCGGACGCGGUUGCGCGCUCGCAUCCGUUUACCGAGAACGGGAUCCAGCAUCUCCAUCUUCUCCUCAACGAAGCCGAUGGAUCUUUGGAGUCAAGCCAAGAUGUGACCGUCACAUCCGUCCUUUAGAUAGAAAACAGAACCCCUGUUUCUAUAGAAACAGAAAUAAUUGACAAUUAGAAAACUAUUAUUCCUAAAAUGCACUCCUCUAGCCGAACCUUCGCUCCGCCCUUGAGGCCUCGUCGCAUCGUCACGAGCAGGCGGACCACCACCGCAGCGGAACCAAAGCCACACGGCCCUGUUUCCCAGAGGGAAGACAAAAACAUGAACACCAUUUCCUCUUCCUCUCCUCGGCGCGCCACCAAAGCGACCCCUGAGUCUUCCAGGACCAGGGUGGGGGUCCAGCCUCGUGCCCCCUUGGGUCAGUCCAGAUUGGGCUUACAGAGAAACACAGCUCCCCUCUCUACGACCAAACCCAAAAGUGUCCGUGCAGCAGCUGUGUUGAAACGCGCCCCUCGUCCUGCUCCUCUUCCUCAUCUGGACCCCAACUGUAAUGAACCCAGCCUGCCUUGUCUGUGCUGCGACGGCCAUUCCCCCCAGGACAAUAACAGUCUGUUCAACCACAACCACAACAACAACAAUACCAUCUCCAUCAGACAGCAGCUGAAGCUUCAGCCCCCUCCACCACCUCCCCUGCUACCCCAGAGACAGGAGGGGACAGGGGGCAAGACCAAGACACAGGCCAGCCCCUCUCAGCCCCAGCCUCAGGUUCUGGCCCCAGCCUGCCCCCCUAAUGCCCUGGAACUGGAGAAAGGAAAAAUAGAUGAGGAGAAUGCAGAUGUUAACAAGAACACAGAUGUGGUCAUAGACAACAAGAAAGAAACAGAGGAGGAAGAGGAAAACAGUGUUGAAGUUGAUGAUGAGGAGGAGGGAGAUGAUGAUGAUGACACGUUGGUCCCAUCGUGCUGCGACUGCCCUCCCUCUCUCCUGGAUCUCUCCCUGACCUCCUCCACCUCCUCCACUUCCAUCAGCUCCUGCUCCGAUCUGGAGUCAGACUGCGCCGAUCUCUCCACCGCUCUCUCGUCCUCUGGCCACAAGUGGAAUGCUGAUCUGUCAAUCUCUCAGGACCACAUUCAUGUUCCUGAACGCUACCCAGCCUCCCGUUCACCCCCUGUCCUGCUCCUCAACCCCAACCCCCCCUCUGUCUCUCGUUGCCCUUCCCCCCCCCCACCCGCUUGCUCCCCAGACGAGGGCUACCCCUCCGCCCCCGCCUCCCCCUCCUCCUCCGACUACCUGGGGGUCAAAGGUCAGACAGGCUUAGGGUCAGAGGUCACCAAACUAGGCCUCCUGGACUUCCUGGAGUCAGUGGGAGACUUUGGAAAGAUGGAGCGCUUUAGCCAGGUGAUUCAGGUGGCUCGCUGGGACCUGGAGGGGGAUCCUCAGGGGGAUCUACUGAGGGAUCGACUGGAUCACUUGGACCGACUGGAGAGUGUCAACAGGCAGGUGAAGCUGGCCCACAUCACCAGGCUCCAUGAGAAGGGACUGGAUCUAGGAGAUCUGGGCAAGGAGGAGCUCUCUGAUGUUCUGGAUGAGAUGGGGAACGUGGAUAUGUCUUGGAAGCUGUAUAAGGGCCGGGGAGGGUCUUUGGGAGAUUCCCAGGAGUUCUCUGAUGCUGGAGUGGACCUGACAGCACCUUCAGACUGUGACGAGCCCCUGGUCUCACAAUCAGAGACCUCUUCGCCCAUAGAGCCCCCACCGAGACCCCCCAAACCCCCUGCCCAAUAUGCCAGCGUGAACUCUGAACUCCACACCUACAUCAACAUCAGCCGUGACAUCACCCCCUCCGUCUCUGUCUGCACCUCUCCAUCCUCAUCCCCCACUUUCUACACCUUCAGGUGUGAGAAGGCCCUUCCUCCUUCCCCACGCUCCGUCCCCCCUCCUCUUCUCUGUCAGCCCAUCCCUUACUUUACUCUCUACAAAUCUUCCCCUCUCCCAUUCUCCCUCCCCUCCUCCACUCCCCCCAAUCCCUCCCCCUCGGAGGAAGCACCUAGCCCGUAAGGAGGCUCAGCGUCUCGCCACGCUCCAAGCAGGAUGCGGGAAGACCUCCC